UACCAUAAUCAUCACAGAUAUAGCUGAGUUACUGAACUCGUCCCGCUUUGCAUUCUUGCACCAUAGGUGGUUUGAAGAGAUGUCAUAAUAAAGGCGGUAACUCGCUUCUGCUUCGGAAAGGAGGCGUUUAGUGAGAAGGAAGCAACCCCGGACAUGCACCGAGCUAACUCCAGCUAGCUUUUUGUUGACAGUGCGGCUGCUGUCAAACAGGACCUCCCUUUAAACGGAUAUUUUCUGUCACCUCGUAUUUUUUAUACUCGGUUUUCACGCGUGCUUGUGAUUCAUGUUACUUAAAAUUUAGUUAAAAGUUUUUUUUUAUUACUUUUGGAGCACAUGUGGAGUUAAACUAUGGCAUCAAGAGGAGGCUUCCCGGGUCCGCAGAUGAACCCAAACAUGAAUCCCAUGAAUGUGGCUCAUGCAGCGGUUGUGAGGAUGCCACAAUCCCCGGCGGGAUACCCCCGGAGCAUGAACACCGCCCCGCAGUAUCCCCAGCGCCCAGGGAUGCCACCCAGUGGAGUCAGGGGCCAUAUGGGGUCAAUGGGGGGUCAACUCCCGGGUCCUUCUUUUGGAGGUGGGAACAUGUCCAUGCGUCCUGGAAUGGGACCCCCAUCUAUGGACCCCUCAAGGAAACGUUUUCUACAACUUCAGCAUCAGCCACAACAAGAUUCUGUGGGAGGCCCAAGGCGUGCAGGAGCCAAAAGACGUAAGAUGGCUGACAAGGUCCUCCCUCAGAGGAUCAGAGACCUUGUUCCUGAGUCCCAGGCGUAUAUGGAUCUGCUGGCCUUUGAAAGAAAACUUGAUCAAACCAUAGCUCGAAAACGGAUGGAGAUUCAAGAGGCCAUCAAGAAACCCAUCAUGCAAAAGCGCAAACUCAGGAUCUACAUUUCAAAUACAUACACCCCUAGUAAGCCUGAGGGUGAGGAAGCUGAGAAAGUGUCCUCAUGGGAGCUCCGGGUGGAAGGCAAACUUCUGGAAGAGACCGGAAAACAGAAGAGAAAGUUCUCGUCCUUCUUCAAGAGUUUGGUGAUUGAGUUGGAUAAAGAACUCUAUGGACCAGACAAUCACUUGGUGGAGUGGCACAGGAUGCCAACAACUCAGGAAACGGAUGGUUUUCAGGUCAAACGACCUGGAGAUGUGAAUGUCAAAUGCACUCUUCUCCUUAUGCUUGACCACCAGCCCCCUCAGUACAAACUUGACCCACGUCUGGCUCGUCUGCUGGGCGUGCACACACAGACUCGGGCCAGCAUCAUGCAGGCUCUUUGGCUUUAUAUCAAAAACAACAAACUGCAGGACAGCCAUGAGAAGGAAUACAUCAACUGCAACCGCUAUUUCAGACAGAUUUUUGGUUGUCAUCGCAUGAGGUUCUCAGAGAUUCCUAUGAAACUUGCAAGCCUUUUGCAGCACCCAGAUCCAAUCAUUAUCAAUCACAUGAUCAGUGUGGACCCGACAGAUCAGAAGAAGACUGCGUGCUAUGACAUUGAUGUGGAAGUGGAUGACCCGCUGAAGAGCCAGAUGAAUAGCUUCUUAUCCUCCACCACAAACCAACAGGAGAUUGCAGCUCUGGAGAUGAAGAUCCAUGAGACGAUAGAGUAUAUAAAUCAAUUAAAAACAGAGAGGGAUUUCAUGUUAAGCUUCAGCAAUAAUCCACAGGAGUUCAUACAGGAUUGGCUCAAAUCACAGAGCAGAGAUCUUAAGCUAAUGACUGAUGUGACUGGAAAUCCUGAGGAGGAGAGAAGGGCAGAGUUUUAUCAAGAAGCCUGGGUCCCAGAAGCUGUUGGCCGAUACGUUUACUCAAAAGUGCAGCAGAGACGUCAGGAGCUGGAGCAGGUGUUGGGGAUCCGCCUUACCUAAAGACACAGAUGUUGAAUCUAAAUCUUACUUGUGCUAAAAAGCUUGAUCAGAAUCAAGUGGAUGUUGCAGGUUAGGAGUCUAAAAGCCAUCUUUGUAAAUAUGAUAAACUGGUAUAACUGGUGCUUUGUUUGUUUUAAAAUCUAAAUUUUAUUGGACCAAAGUGCAAGUGUUUAUGGUCAAUAAUUGUUAUUCUUGCUUAGUUGUUUUGUACUUAAAUUGUACAAAUUGCAGCAUUGAUUUUGUUAAAUAUGAUGUGAAUGAUCCAUCUCUAAACCAUAGGCAUUGGUGCUAUUUAACCUUUUUAACUGGUUGUGGAUGGUUGAUUUCUUGUAUUGUUUCUUUGUUUUGUUUAAUGUUUCUCUUCCAUCUAAAAUCUUCUAUUGACCUGUAAAAUGCUUUAAUCUUUUUCCUUCUUGUAUUUGGCCAUUUAAGUAAUCAAUGGCCUUUAUACUGUGAAGAUUAACAGAAAAGAGAUAUGUCUUAUUAAUAAUGGCAGCAAAUAUAUAUAUUUUUAUUGGGUAACUUGAAUGCUUUUGUACAGGGCUUAUAUGGGAUCUUCUGAACAUUCCAGGUUAACAUAUUGUGUAACUUUCUUCACGUUUUUGUUCAUCUGCAUGUUUUAUAAUGACAAUCAAAGAGCCAUAUAUUUUAUAUAUCUGGAUUUUUACAAUAAACAUUUACCAUUA